CAUUUGCCCACAAACAAGUAAAAGUAACUCAGGGUUAUGGCGUCGGAUAAAUUCUGUGUCACAUCAAUUGGAUAAAAAUUUGUUUAUAAACCAAGUUCUUUUAUAUAUUUUUGAUGUCUGUUAUUAAUGUUAAAAUUGUUAUAAGAUUCUUAUGAUAUAGUUGAUUUGCAAUGCAUAAACGACGCAGAACAUCGUCCGUAGCUAGUAGAGGUACUGAGGAUGAUCCGGAGGAGGUGAUACCCGAGCCAACUAAGCGAAGAAAAAAAUUAGAUCCUAGUGACUUGUGCCAACAAUUGUAUGAUAUUAUAAGAAAUCAAAAGAAAGAAGAUGGGACUCUUUUAUGUGAUGCUUUUAUCAGAGUACCAAAAAGACGACAAGAGCCAAGAUACUAUGAAGUUGUUACAAAUCCCAUAGAUUUGUUGAAAGUCCAACAAAAAUUAAAAACCGAUGAAUAUCGCGAUAUGGAAGAUUUAGCUGCUGAUGUUCAUCUGAUGAUCACUAAUGCUAAAGCUUUUUAUAGUCGUACUUCACCAGAGUUCAGAGAUGCUACAGAUUUAUGGGAGUUGUGUGUAAAUACGAAGAAUCGUAUAAUGGACGAGUACGAAGAGACAGAACCUAAAGGUAAAAUAAUAUUAAAAGUGGGUAGAUUAUCAAGAAAAACAAAUGUAAAACAACCAGAUGACGCGGAAGAUACUUCUGAAAGUUCAACAAAUCCUGAUGAAGAAUCAAUGCAACCUUAUGAAGAUCUUUUUACAACUGUAAUGACAGCAACAGAUCCUACUGAUAAUAAUAGAGUAUUGCACACAGUGUUUCAAUUAAAACCAUCUAAAAAACUCUAUCCAGAGUAUUAUGACGUCAUUGAAAAUCCCAUUGAUUUAAAAACAAUUGCCAGAAGAAUUCAAGAAGGUACUUACAGUUAUUUAAGUGAAAUGGAACGUGAUUUAAUGCUUAUGUGUCGCAAUGCAUGUCAAUUUAAUGAACCAGGUUCUCAAAUCUAUAAAGAUGCUAAAAUCUUGAAAAAAAUAAUAACAGCAGCUGCUAAAAAACAAGACAGUGGUUCGAGUAGUGUGUUUUCAAAUAAAUUAGCAACACCCUCAACUCGUAGCAGCAAACGAGGUAAUCGUAGCUUUGCUCAAUCAUUAAUUGCGCAAACAGCAACAUUACUCGAUGAAGACGAAGAAAGUGACGAUGAAGAUGAUGAAACCGCUGAAAUUGAAGAAGCUGACAAUGCACAAUGGCAACUGUUUCAAACAAUUAGAACUGCUCCAACCAAUCAAGGAGUUAGAAUGAGUGAAUUUUUUUGGAAAUUACCGUCCAGACGAAUGUACCCUGAUUAUUACAAAAUGAUUAAAAAUCCAAUUUCCCUGUUACAAAUAAGAUCUAAAAUAAAAAAAGGAGAAUAUGGUACGGUCAGUGAGGUUGCCGGUGAUAUGAAUAUUAUGUUUGAAAAUGCUAAAAAAUACAACGUUCAUACCUCACGUUUAUACAAGUGUGCUGUGAAACUACAAAAAAUAAUGCAAGAGAAAGUUCAGGAGCUUUUAGAAUUUGAUCAAGAUUCAGAUUCAGAUUGUGGAUCAGAGUCAAAUUCUCAAACAAAAUUAAUAAAACGUGCCUCAAAUGUUUUGACUCGGGGAAAAUACAAAGAUAAUAUACCAUUAAAAAAGCGUUUAUAUGCAUUAGUUAAGUGUGUCAUAGAAUACGUGUGUGAAGAUGGUCGGCAGCCAAUGUUGAUGUUUAUGGAAAAACCAUCGAAGAAAAUAUACCCCGAUUAUUAUCAAGUGAUAAGUGAGCCAAUCGAUAUGCUUGCAAUUGAGGCAAACAUUAAAGCUGAAAAGUAUCAAAAUGAAAAUGAAUUGAUACAAGAUUUUAAAUUAAUGUUUAAUAAUUGCCGGCAGUACAAUGAAGAAGGAUCGUUAAUUUAUGAAGACGCAAAUACAUUAGAAAAAGUUUUAAUGGACAAAGUUAGAGAGUUGGGACCUUUACCGGAUUCAAAAUCUUCUGGACCUAUUAAAUCAACAACAUCAACACCCACACGUAAUGUAGGAAGACCAAAGAAAGUAGUACCACUUCAUUUACAAAAAUUACGUACGAUGUAUGACACUAUUAAAGAUUACCACGAUUCAAAAGGCCGACAAUUGUCAUUAAUAUUCAUGAAACUACCGAAUAAAAAUGAAUACCCAGAUUAUUAUGAAGUUAUUAAACAGCCCAUUAACAUGGAAAAAAUAGCAUCAACAUUGAAAACAAACGGUUACGAAAGUUUAGAAGAGUUAGUGUCAGAUUUUAUAUUGAUGUUUGAUAAUGCCUGCAAGUACAAUGAACCAGAUUCACAAAUAUAUAAAGAUGCCUUAAUUCUACAACGACUGGUAUUACAAACUAAGCUCCAACUGAGUGAAGAUGAUGAAAAUGUUCCAGAUGUGCCUGCAGCAAUACAAGAAAUUUUAGCAACUAUUUUUACUGCUCUGUAUAACCAUCAGGAUGAAGAAGGUCGAUGUUAUUCUGAUUCAAUGUCAGAAUUACCAGAGCAUGAUAUUAUUGACGGCAAAAAAAUUCGAGGGCUUUCUUUAGAUUUAAUAAAACGUCGAUUAGAUCGUGGUGUUUACAAACGUUUGGAUAGAUUUCAAGAAGACGUAUUUACGUGCUUGGAAAGAGCAAGAAAAUUAUCACGAAGUGAUUCUCAACCGUUUGAGGAUAGUGUUGAACUUCAGGCAUUUUUUCUUCGUACUCGUGAUGAAGUAACACGUAAUGGUGAUCUAUUACAUUCACCGGCAUUAAAUUACACUUUAAUGGAUCUAUCAACUCAAGUUGCUGAACUAAAACGCUUAAAACAUCAACAAGAAUCAAAUUUAUCUCCCGAAGAAGAAAGCUGCGAUGGAAAUGAAACCAAAGAGUCUGGAUCAAGUCCUGUAGCUAGUGGUAAUGGUAGUGAAAAUGGUGGGGCUAUGAGUUUUAAUCAAGAAAUUUAUCGUAAUGGAGAUUUUGCCUAUAUUGAACCAGUUGAACGUGGUAUGGAGCCCAGUGUUGUGCUUAUUGAAAAACUUUGGACUAAUUCAGAAGGCAUACAAAUGCUCUAUGGUAACUUAUUUUACAGACCUAGUGAAACUUAUCACGUAGCGUCGCGUAAAUUUAUUGAUAAAGAGUUAUUCAAAAGUGACGCUCAUAUUGCUGUGCCUUUAUCUAAAGUCGCUGGCAGAUGUUGUGUGUUGAGCGUUAAAGAUUUUUUUAGAAUGCAACCAGAAGGUUUUCUUGAAAAGGAUGUUUAUGUUUGUGAAUCAAGAUAUUCUACGCGUGCACGAGCAUUUAAAAAGAUAAAAUUAUGGAAUUUUGAUCCAGAUCAUUUAAAACUAGUCUCACGAGAAAAAACAUUAGAACCUAAACGCAAUAUAUCCGUUUAUAAAGAACGAUUAGAAAAACAUAAAGAAGAAAUAGCUGAAUUAGAAGAAGGGGAAAAACUUACAGAAAAAGAAAAGCCAAAUGUUAUAUUAUUUAAUGCCGAUGAUUCAGAUAAUACUUAUUAUGAACAAUAUAAUACGUGUACAGGUAUAGUUAAAACUGGAGACUUUGUUUACGUUGCGACUGACGGUGGAAGACAACAAAUAGCCCAAGUUGAUUCAAUAUGGUCAACAAAAGACGGUAAAUGUUAUUUUAGAGGUCCAUGGCUACUUACACCUUCUGAAAUUCCUCAUGCGCCAACUAAAUUAUUUUAUAAACAAGAACUUUUUCUUUCUGUAACCGAUGCAACUCAUCCAUUUGUUGCCAUUAUGGGAAGAUGUGCUGUUUUAGAAUACGGAGAAUACGUUUGUUGCCGACCAACAGAAAUACCAGAAGAUGAUGUUUUCAUAUGUGAAUCUAUUUAUGACGAAACUAAAAAUUUCAUUAAGAAAUUACCACAAGAUGGAUUAAAAAAAUAUACACAUACGUCAGUUGUAACACAAGAUGAAAUUUACUUCUUCCGAAGGCCUAUUAAUCCUGCUAAAGUUUCAAGCGAUGUGGCACAGACACAUUUGUCAAUCAAGUCUGUCACGUCCAGUACAGCUCAUUUUGAAAUGGAUGCGUCACCACUGUUACCGAAACUGGAACCUGAAGUACUAGGCAUCGGAGUAGGUGAAGACAGCAUGGACGCAAGUGGACCACUGUCCGUGGGAUCCACUGAAGCUCAACCGGUGCUCGCCAAUGCUCAAACGCCUGUAUCAACUAAAAAGAAAACAACGGGUAAGAAAUUAGUAACGGGGUAUAUUUUAUAUUCGAGUAAAAUGCGAACGCAGAUUACUCAAAACAAUCCUGAUUCGACCUUUGGAGAGAUUAGCAGAAUUGUUGGUAACGAGUGGAGAAAAUUACCAGCAGGUGAAAAACAAGUAUGGGAGGAAAGAGCUUCGAAGUUGAAUGAAGGUGCUGAAGGUCGAGCUUUGGCAUUAUCUAUUGGUGCACCGGUUGACCAAGUUUUUGAAUGUUGCUGGGAUAAUUGUGAUUGGCAAUUUGAAGAUAUGACAGAUUGCAUAGAUCACUGUAUUGCUGAGCAAAAUGGACAUGUGCAAUCUUCGUUUAUUAACGCUCCCGCUGAUGUGGAGUUUCAAUGUCAAUGGAGAGGAUGUGGUCGAACAAAAAAAAAUGUGCCUCCUUUUCCAAGUGUACAGAGAUUAGCGAGGCAUGUUAAAGAAGUGCAUAUACUCAAAGGAAAUGGCCGAAUUAUACCACCUAGUGAAAGAAGCAAAAACUAUAUGGCAUCCAAAGGACCAACGAUAUUACCUCCAAUGGACAAUGAAAUUUUAGCUACUGCUACACAAACUACAACAGCUGCACCAGUAUCUAAACAGCCAGACCCUAUUUUCAUCGCUGUUCCACCACGGCCAAGUAGAGUUUUACAUUCGGAUGCGUACUUAAGAUAUAUUGAAGGAUUGAAUGUAGAGAAUCGUUACAUAUCUAAUUGGGACAAGCAGAUGAAUGCGACUCCUGAGAACACGCAAAUUCCGGAUGUUACAAAAUUGCCUGCUGAAUGGCUUGGUAACGGAGUUGGUAAUCAUGGAAAUGUCGUAAAUGCCUUGUGGACACUCAGAAAUAUGAUGAUGCGGGACGUGUUAGCCAUCAAUAAAACUUUAUAGCUUAUAAAACGUUAAAACAUCUAUAUUCGUUUAUAUAUUUUAUGCUCUCCUUGAUUUAAAAAAAAAAAAAAAAAAUUAAUAAAUUAACAAUUCAUGGCGGCCUCACUUAUAUUCUAGAUUACGACAAAAGACUGACAAUUUAAAUUACAACGUCUCGGGUAAA